AUGGCUCUUAAGUCCAGCUUCUGCGUGGCCCUCGCCGCGAGUUACUUCUCCCUUCCGGUGACUGCAUCGCAGUCUCCGUCAGCCAGCUUCGAGAGCAGGUGCUCUGAUCUCAAACAUGCGCCUCAGCCCUCAAACAUCACCCCGUUGUACUCCGAGUAUAUCCCCGCCGGGACCAACUUGGUUGUACCAGGUCUUGAUCCGUCAUGCUUCAACUCGACCACAAUCCUCGCCGACAUUUGCCGCCUCGGCCUGAACGUGACCACGUCCGACCGAUCCGACUUCAUCAUGGAAGUCUGGCUCCCCAGAAACUGGACACGCCGGUUCCUCUCCACCGGCAACGGUGGCAUCAAUGGCUGCAUCGGCUACGACGACAUGACUUAUGCCACACAACUGGGCUUUGCCGCGACCGGCUCGAACAAUGGGCAUAGCGGACAGAACGGCACUCGCUUCUUGAACAACCUCGAAGUCGUGAUUGACUAUUCCUACCGCUCCCUGACAAUGUCUGCCGCCAUCGGCAAGCAGGUCACCGACAAGUUUUACGGAAAGGCACAUCAAAAGUCGUACUACCUUGGCUGUUCCACUGGCGGCCGGCAAGGAUUCAAGAUGGCGCAGGAAUUUCCUGACAUUUUCGACGGAAUAGUCGCCGGCGCCCCUGCAUUCAACUUCCAGGGUUUACUGUCGUGGUCCGGCCUCUUCCACACCAUCAUUAAAGAGGUUGGCCCGGAUGGAGUUCCUCCACAGAGCUCGUGGGCCGCCAUUGAUGCAGAGAUCCUGGCCCAGUGCGACCACCUCGACGGAGCGAUCGAUGGCAUAUUGGAGGACCCUUCUCUCUGCAACUUUAGACCCGAGGCGCUAAUUUGCCGCUCUGGGGCCAAGUCAUCGACUUGUCUAACCGGCAAGCAAGCGGACACCGUUCGACGCUUCUUGUCGCCCGUCAACGGCGUCAACGGCACAUUUGUCUAUCCGCGCGCCGAGCCUUUCAGCGGUAUAGUGGGCUUUGUCCUGUCAAUUUACGCCCCCGAGCAGUUCCAAUACACGGACCACUGGUUCAAGUACGCCGUCUACAACGACUCCAACCUGAACACCGAGAACCUGGGGCCUGAGCAGUGGGAUUACGCCUUCAAGCACGAUCCCGCAAACGUGAGGACAUACUCGGGCGACCUCACCAAGCUGCGCAAGCGCGGCGCAAAGCUGCUGCACUACCACGGCCUGGAGGACCCCCUGAUCAGCUCCGCGAGCUCCACGUACUACUACAACCUCGCGUCCCGGACAAUGAGCCUCGCCAGCGCAGACUUGGACAAGUUUUACCGCUACUUUCGCAUCAGCGGCAUGAGCCACUGCCUCGGCGGCACGGGCGCCAGCGCCAUCGGGAAUCGCGGUGACAACAUGGCGAGCCGUGAUCCCAAGGCCAAUGUCUUGACUGCCAUGAUCCGCUGGGUAGAGGAAGGCGUUGCGCCGGAGUUCGUGACUGGUGCUAAGUUUAAGGAUCCAAAGACACCUGGCGAAGUGGAAUACACGAGAAGGCACUGCAAAUAUCCGCUGAGGAACGUGCUCAAGGCUGGCGGCAAGUACACCAAUGUGGACGACUGGCAGUGCGUUCUGUAA